AUGUCUCCUACCGCUGGAGUGCAACAUGAUGAAGAUGGGGAUAGUCUGUAUGAUAACCCCGACACUCGCGCUGUUGUUCCACCCCCCGCUCCUACUCCUGGUGGAUUGUUGACGGGUAACUUGGUUGGAACACCUCCUGAAUCCAUUGGUGGAGGCUCUCCACUUGACUCUGCCGCUCGCCAUGAGACUGCUGCUGUACUUGCAUCACUUGCAAAUGGAACAACCCCUCCAACUGGUGGUGCAGAAGUCACUCCCACUGAAACGACUGCCAAUCCGAAAGGAACCAAGAGAGCAACACCCAUGAACAGCUCUCGCCACACCAAAGCGAAGCAGGGAGCUCCCCGAAUUCAUGUUGGUGGAAGAUGCAAGACAACAAGAGGACAGCUCUUUCAUCUGCUCUCUACAGAAGGUCAAAAGGCCACCAUUCGCCAGUUCAACAAUAACCACAACUGCUACGGGACAAUCAAGUCUGGCAGCUCCAAUCAAGGAUAUAAUAUUGUGUUUGAUUGUCUUCCCACAGAUGAGAAAGAGGUGUUUGUCAGACGCAAGAAUCUGACUGCACUUGCCAAAGGAUGCGAGGAAGUCACCUUCGAUCGUGCAACUGACGAUCCAGAGAAACUGGCCGAAAUUCGAGUGAAGAAAAGCAAAAAGUUGUCACCACUUCAAGUAAGCAAUGACAACUUCCUUGCACUCGAAGACGCAGAGAUCUCUGUAGCCAAGACGUUUGACAUGAACUGGUCGGCAGACGAGGACGUGCAAGGUGUUCCUUGGAAGAUUCUUCCAGAUGGAGUGCACGUCACAGAAGACAAAGAUCCCAUGUACUAUCCCGAUGGUGUUGCUUUCAAGAAGAAUGUCGAUAUCGGUGACUCUGAUGCCAAUACUGAUUUUGCGAAAGUGUUCUUUGAACAUUUCAUGCCAGAUCUUACUGGAAUGGCGGCCAAGAUAGACAAGUUCCACUCUUCGAUUAAGAGUCCAAUGUACUCGACUGUCAAGUCGGACCACAUUAAGUUCCAUGAUGAUGAUGGCUACUUUGGUAACAAGGAUGGCGAUUGGAUGGUCAAGCAGUGCUUUCUCCUCCUUAUUGCCUCCUGUUUGGAAACUGAGAAUGGCGCUGAUCUUUGGAAGCGAGGCCCUUCCUCUGGUCGCAAGGAAUACCCUGACUUUGGCCAAUAUCUUCCAUUGAAUUACUGGAAGGCAUUUACCUGUGCUAUUGGACUCUGCUUUGGGCCUGAAGAAUACUGGUACCUGGAUAAGCGAGACGUUCCUUGGGAUGUCAUUGUUCCAGCGGUCAUUGGUUUCAACAAGAAGAGGCAGGAAUUGUUCUGGGUUGUUCUCCUCAUGCUGGACGAAAGUAUGAUUGGUUGGAGGCCCAAGUCAACCAAGACCGGAGGUCUUCCAAACCUUACAUAUGAGCCAAGGAAGCCUGUUCCUUUGGGGACGAUGCUCAGGAAUGGUGUCGAGUGUAUAACUGGGUGUCUUGUCAACCAAGACAUUGCCAUGAAUGCUGAACGACAGAACUUCAAGAAGUAUCUAUAUGCCGACAAAGAAGAACAGAUCAGGUUGAAGUCCAGCCUCCCAGGAAAGCCUGACAUGCCGGCACACACAGCAGAAGUGCUUCGCCAAGUUGAGGAUGCACAAGUCGUCAGGAAUGGUUGGUGUGGUGGUGAUGCUUGGUUUGGUUCUGUCGCGACAUGUGUGGAACUGAAGAAAAGAUUUGGUGUCAACUCGACUUUUAUUGUGAAGAACAACAAGGCGUUCUAUCCUAUGGAAGUCCUUAACGCUGUGUUGAAGGCGAGACAUGGAGAUAAACCUGCAGGGCACUGGGUAGUCAUGACUACCACUAUUGCUGGUAUUGAUCUAUUGGCGAUUGCUUACGCCUGGUCACAGAAAGGGGUAUCCUAUUUUAUUUCCAGUUGUGGUUCUACUGAACCGUCGGAGAUCAAGUAUGAAUCCAAGUUCGAAGAUGAGUGGGGCAACACCGGCAGCAAGCUCAUCAAUCGACCCAAGAUCUGCCACUUCAUUUAUGAGUACUUGCCCUUGAUCGACGAGCACAACAAGCAAAGGCAGAACCUUCUGGCUCUGGAGAAGUGCUGGCAGACAAAGAACCCAUGGAUGCGAAUUAUCACCACACUGACAGGACAGGCCUUAGUCGACUUGCAUCGAUACUACCGAUACCAGAGAAUUGUCGAGAAGGGACACCGUCGCGAGGUUGUUGAUCAGGUUCGAAUAAUGAAGAUGGCUGAUUUGGUUUGUGCUGGGUUGCGUCCGUGGAUUGGACCACGCAUUCAGCGAUCCUUUGGGAAGUCUUCCGAUAUUCCCAUUGAGCGAUGCAAGGAUUCUCAUGGAAACUUGAAUCGAGAUAUAACACCAGCACAACUUCGAAAGGGGAGAACUGUUGGCAAUUCGGUCACCAAACAAUGCUGGGUCUGCAGAGGAUACUUGGACAAGAAUGGUAACCCCAUCCAAUGCUGGACGUCCAUGUGGUGUAAGUUCUGUCAUGCUCCCUUGUGCAACAAAGAUAGGACCAAAGAGAAAAGGUUUGGUCCUGAUGGUCGUGACAUGUCUUGCGUUGACACCCACUUUGGUGCUUGUCAUUCCGACGCCUUUGGUUGUGGAGAAGUGAAGGUAAAUGGACAGUGCUUCCCCAAGGCCGAACAGAUCAAUCAACACCCACGACGCAGUCGCCGAGGACCCUAUUAA